ACGGGAAAGCAAACGAGCCGACGGCUGGGAGCCACAGCCGCAUGAGGAUCUAUAAGAGCAGAGGCUGAGAGCACAGCUGUCCUCUGACACCCUGCAGGAUUAUCUCCUUGUGUUUAACCAUCAUAACCUUGCAUCUCUGGGAUUACAGAUUAAAGCAUCCAUAACAAGCAGCUGCUGGAAACAAAACGGAUGUCAGUGUGGUGGUUAGAGAUGGGAGAGGUUUCAGGGCCUCUCUCCACUGUAGGAUGGUAGCCGACAGCACAGUGGAAGGCCAUGAGCAGACCGCCUUACCAAGCGCAUCACCAGCACCAUCAUCAUCACCUUCUGUGUCGUCAGCAUCAGCAUCAGCAACCCGUAAACAGUCGGAGCAGCUUCAGCGUCAGGCUUGUCCAAAUCCAAGUCUGAAAUCUGCAUCUGCUCGCUCUGUGUACCUGACUCAUUUCCGCACCUUCACCUCCAAAGAGGACUGCAGCCUAAUCACAGACACAGCUACCAAGCUCGAGCGCAGCGGCUUCUACUGGGGCCCACUUGGAGUAGAGGAGGCCCAUUGCAUGCUCCGCAACGCCCCCCUGGGCAGUUUCCUCAUCCGCGACAGUCGACAGAAGGACGUCUUCUUUACUCUGUCCUACCACGACAAGAAGGGACCGGUCAGCGUGCGCAUCGACUACAAGCGGCAGAGGUUCUCUCUUGCUGGCAACGAGCGCUCCUUCCCAACGCUCUUUGCCCUUUUGGAGCAUUAUAUGAACUCGCCUAAGAAGAGCCUGACAGUCCCCUACAGGAAAUGGGAGCCCACCCUGCAGGAGCUGUGCAGGAAGCGGAUCAUGGAGGUGUGCGGAGGAAAGGGUGGCAUUCCAGAACUGCCUGUCACACAUGUGGUCAAAGAUUUCCUGUUGGAGUUCCCUUACAAACUAUGAACAGUCUGCAUAAUGUUUUGGCUGUUUUGUUCUUGAUUUCAAGAUGGCAGCUUUCACCAAGUAACGGUACAGCAAACGGGUUGAUAAAGUCUCUGCAUCAGGGAACUAAGGUAGAGACUACAUCACCGUGGUUACUAAAAAAAUCAACAAACUCUUUUUGGACUAAAAGCUGUGAACUGCUCCUAAAGAACCACAAUAACCAAAGUCAAACACAUGAAGCCUCCAGUUGGACAUUAAACUUUCAUGACAUCUCAACAUCUACUACCUCUAGAGACUUAAAACCCAAUAACAUGUGGAAGAAGCAUCCUUUGGAAACGAGGAAGUAUGAGAAGUUGAAAAGUGCUGCAUUAAAGGGAAACUACACAUCUAUAGGAGCUUUUACAGAGAUAAAAAUACCAGUGAGCACAACUGGGACUGUUGCGGUGGAAAGUCAACAAGUUCCAAUAUCCCGUCGAGCGACAUUAAGGGAACGGACUUCAAAAUAUUUAGAGUCGCUGUGGAGGGAGCGGUUGAAACCAUCACAUGCUGAUUUGCCUAUGCGGCACAAAUUUGUAGCAGACUUAAAUACUCUAAAGAAAAAAGUUUACAUCGUCUCUGAAUGUUCAUCAGCACUGAAGGCUCAAACCGCAUUCAGUGAUGGUCCAGGUGAAAUCUUGUCGCAAACAGCUGAAGACAUGAUAUUCAUUUGUAAUGUACUGUAUACAGAGGUGCCGACCACCUCUUAUUUAACUGUUUCUGCCAGGCAGAUUUGAUUGUUUAUAUAUUUUCUACUCUUGUGUAUUUUUAAAAUAAUAUUUUGAAUAAAAUGU